ACGAAUGAUAAGGAACUGUUGACGAAUAUUUUCCUCCAGUCGCCUUUCAAGCCUCUGUAACAAACUUGGAUUUUAUCCCUGUGAUCUGAUUGCAAUUGUGUGUGAAAUCGAGCGAUCAUUAAGGACAAUUCCACAAUGGUUAGACUCGGGAAUAUCCCGAUUACACUGUGCCUUCUGGGUAUCCUGCAAUGGCAUGAAUUCAUUGUGAACGGUGCAGCUGCUCAGGACGUUGCUCCCACCACUGCAGUCAAUGGCAGUGAGAAUCAAGUUGAUCCCACCUCGCCCCCACCAUAUAACUGCCUAGAGCAAUGGCUGAUAUUGGCAGGUGCUAGUCCAACGGAGGCACAGGCCUAUUCCACCGCUUCCCUUGUCACCAGGUUCCAGUUGGACGAGUUGAAAAUAUCAACACUCGGAGAUAUUGUGCUGGAGUUGCUGCUCGGUUUCAACUUGAGGCUGGUGAAUAGUUUGAAAACCUGCGUGGCUCGCAACGCAACGUGCCCUGCAGACUUAGCACCAGACGCAUUACCUUGUGGGGUAAGCGGUACGUGUCUUCACAACUCUACACAGAGAAGACCCACAUGCUACUGUGAAGCUGGCCUUACCGGACAGCAGUGCCAAACAGAUAUCGAUGAGUGCUCGGAUGCAUCACUCAACAAUUGUGCAGAUCCUGCUAUUGCCAUGUGUUUCAACUCACAUGGAUCAUUUGCUUGUGAAUGCACCAGCGGAUUCUACGGUGAUGGCCGUCUAUGUGAAGAUGUCAACGAGUGCAUUGACACACCAUCACCCUGUCACGAGCAUGCCAACUGCAGUAACACAAUUGGAUCGUUUACAUGUGUUUGCAAGAGUGGUUUCCAUGGAAAUGGUCUCCAUUGUGAAGCUGAUAUUUGCACAUCCUCCCUGGAUUCCAAUCUUUGCCACCAGGCGAAACACCUCCAACAUCAAAACAAGCAACUGGAGAAGAAAUUGGAUCAGCGCGAUCGCGAAAUUUCCAGACUAGUGUUUGAAGUCCACUCAAUGGCCACUGCUUUCAGGAGGUACCACAAGGACACUUCCAACACCAUGGAGGCAAUGCAAAGCACACUCGAUGCAGAAACUGAUCGCCUGCGAGAUGAUCUCCUUCAAACAAAAUCGGAUCUCCUUCAAACAAAAUCGGAUCUCCUUCAAACACAGGAAAUGGUGAAAUAUAACAAGGUUAGGUUGAUUGAUGCUAAAGCAAUGAUGGAUGAUGGUCUCGCCGCUAUUGUACUUGAAACCAAAGCAACGUUGAAUGACACCAAGUCAAUGGUAGAUACAUCACUUGUCACCAUAGCAAAUGACACCAGGUUAAUGUUGGAUGGCACCAAGUCCGAUCUUCUCUCCACUAUCUCCACUAUGGCCACCAAAUCCCAACUGCACACUACCAAGAAACACCUCAACAUGGAGGUGGAUGCGAUGAGGAGCGAUCUCAAUCAAAUUGAUCAACAUCUGACUAAUGUGGAACGGAAGCAAAACACCACUUGCGGCAUUGUUGCAUGGAAAACAUUCCGGCAAGUAACAGGAACCAGUGCUGUUUACCCAAUGAAUGUAAUUUACAACAAGACCAGAGCAGACACUGUGCUACGUAUCAUGUACACUGCAACGUUUGGAUCAUAUCAUUACACAUGGACUACAUUCACUAUCUCUAUUCUCAUCAACAACACAGACUGUCAAGAUCCUGGUCCUAUUAGAAGUGGUGUGUCAGGUUAUCAUUCGGGAAGUGGCAGUGUUUACACCAUACUUCCAGGAGCAAUCAGUGGUGUGUGUAAUAUCAAUACAGCAGGUUCAUUGCGCAUCACCACUAAACUAGCAGACCACAGUGGCCGUUACAAGUAUGAAGGUUACUAUAGAUCCGGUUCGUCACGCAUCACGUCCAGCCUUCACGUUGAAGAAAUGUGUCCCAACAGUAAUAACUAAAACACCUUUUCGCAGCCAGAUUCAUGCAUAUAAGAUUAAUUGAUAUCAUAACUAAGGUACUUGUUAUGCUGGGCUUCCCACAUUCAUAGUACAUGUAUAUAGCAGUACUCUCAGGGCAGGGUCAUUACCAAUUUUCGCCAGAUGAUCGAUUCACUUCGUGAAACUCAGAGUUUCGAAACCGCAACUGCUCGUUCUUCUGCCUGUGUAAAAUUAUUCGAUAUUAAUGUCGUCCUGUCGCCCUGAAUGUACCUCUUCUUAAAUGGUGUUUGGAUAAUGGUUUAUCAGACUAUGUCCAUGCUCUGUCUGCACAUUGUCUUCAUCCUUUCGCUUUUGCUAUUGCUCGUACAUUUUUUAUUUCCGACGUUCGACAUUUGUGCCACUAGACGGAUAGAGUAGUUACGUUACCACGCUUCGAUUUAGGCUUCAACUUAGAUGUGUUAUAUUUCGUUGGCUGAGCGUAGCAAAUGAAACGAAAAUGUAUUUUUUUUUGCCAGCAUUUGCACCAUAGUUACGGCACCAGGAUUGCUAUAGCUGGAUUUUUUGUCAGUGUUCUCAAACUUUUCUCUUCCUCGUGGUCUUUCUCUUUUCGUUGUAGUUUCCCGCCCUCCCCUUUAUUCUCACUUCUGGAUAGGUCUUGCAGGCUACUUUUUUUCAUUUAUCCGAUGGGGAUUUUCUCACCGUUUUUUUCCUCAGGGAUGUGCCUCCGCCGGAGUCCUGGUUUUUUUUCCGCCAGCUUCGGGCUGGUUAAUUAUCUGGCGGCCCCAUUCACCACAGUGGUUCACUUUUUGCAUCAUGUUGGUCUGGUACAUACGUGUACAUGUAUAUGUGUGAGGUGGCAUGCCCUUCUUCUUGCUCAUGUAUGCACUACGCUAAGCUCUUCCAUAUUCCACCGUGAGUGAACAAAGACCACCCUUCUACUGUGA